CGGUUGGUGCCUUAGCAACCAAACCUAGCAACUGGGGCAGAGUCUGGUGCUGCGGAGCUCAGCUGAAGAAGGGUCUUGGAAACUUUGCACUCGCACACGUCGCGCCUUUUCCAGCCUCCUAGGCUAGGGAACGGUCCCCUCCCUUGCCUGGGGCUCUGGAACCAUCUCAUUCUGGUGAAAGUAAGAGGCAGCCUAGGACCAGAAGCCUUUCGCGGAGAAAAGGGGUGACAUGCCCAUCCUGUAUGACAGAUUGCUGAAGCUAAAGGAGAUAUUUAAUUCUAAGUUUGGAUCCAUUCCCAAGUUUUAUGUUCGAGCACCAGGAAGGGUCAACAUAAUAGGAGAACAUAUAGAUUACUGUGGAUAUUCUGUUCUUCCUAUGGCUGUAGAACAAGAUAUGUUAAUAGCUGUGGAACCUGUAAAAACACACACUCUCCAACUGGCCAAUACAAAUCCCUUGUACCUGGACUUCAGUACUGGCACUAACAACAUUCAGAUUGACAAAACCAAGCCUCUGUGGCACAACUAUUUCCUAUGUGGAUUUAGAGGAAUUCAGGAACACUUUGGUCUUAGCGACCUGGCGGGGAUGAAUUGCCUGGUGGAUGGGACCAUCCCUCCAAGUUCUGGCCUCUCCAGCUCCAGUGCGUUGGUCUGUUGUGCUGGCUUAGUGACACUCACAGUUCUGGGAAUGAACCUAUCCAAGGUGGAACUUGCGGAAAUCUGCGCCAAGAGUGAGCGGUAUAUUGGCACCGAAGGAGGAGGGAUGGACCAGUCCAUAUCAUUUCUUGCAGAAGAAGGAACUGCCAAGUUGAUAGAAUUUAGCCCUCUGAGGGCAACUGAUGUGAAACUCCCCAGUGGAGCAGUGUUUGUGAUUGCCAACAGUUGUGUGGAAAUGAAUAAGGCAGCAACCUCCCAUUUCAACAUCAGGGUGAUGGAGUGUCGGCUGGCUGCAAAGCUCCUGGCUAAGUACAAAAGCUUGCAAUGGGAUAAAGUGCUGCGGCUGGAGGAGGUGCAGACCAUCCUGGGGGUCAGUCUGGAAGAAAUGCUGUUGAUUAUAGAGGAUGCUCUUCACCCUGAACCCUAUAGCCCCGAGGAGGUCUGCAGGUGUCUGGGAAUCAGCCUGCAGGAGCUUCAGACCCAAAUUCUGAGUCCAAACACUCAGGAUGUGCUCAUCUUCAAACUGUACCAGCGGGCCAAGCACGUGUGCAGCGAGGCUGCGCGAGUGCUCCAGUUUAAGAAGAUCUGUGAGGAAGCACCUGACAACAUGGUCCAGCUGCUGGGGGAGCUGAUGAACCAGAGCCACGAGAGCUGCCGGGACAUGUACGAGUGUAGCUGCCCUGAGCUGGACCGGCUGGUGGACAUCUGUCGGACGUUUGGGGCUCAAGGGUCACGACUCACAGGAGCUGGAUGGGGAGGCUGCACAGUCUCAUUGGUACCUGCUGACAAGCUGCCCAGCUUCCUAGCAAAUGUGCAGGAAGCCUAUUACCAGAGUGGUGAUCGGUGCCUGGCACCCGAGAAGCAGAGUUUGUUUGCUACCAAACCUGGAGGCGGGGCCUUGGUUUUCCUUGAGGCCUAAACAAUGUAAAAAAAUCUCAGAGAAACUAUUUAGGGCAUUUAGGAACUGGCAGGACUUCUCAUGCCACAGUAAAUUAAUCCUUUCUGUUUUGUAUUAUGAUGAACGGUUGCUAUUAUCAAGAUGUGUUUCCAAAGAAAUGGUUGCAAGCUCUCUAAGCUUCAUAACGAUUAUUUUUCCAUCUUAAAAAAUGUUUUCUACCAAUAGGAGUCAAAAUUAUGGUUGGACAGAUCCCUUAAGUAUGAUUUACUAGGAUUUAUUGACUGUAAGAUUUUUAAAGAUGAAUUGUAAAAGACAAUCCCAACCUCAUGGAUUGGACUAGAAUUAAACAUACUGCUACAGUUAAACUGAAACAAUUGACUUGUGUACAGUAUCUUAAACACAGUUUACUUCUGGUUUCUCUCAGCGUUCUUCUUCAUCCACGGUAUAGUCUUCUGUUGAUGAUGAUGAUGACAGUGAUGUCAAAAAUUCUCUGUCAAGCUUAGCUUCAUUCCGCUAUGAAAAGAAUACAUUAUUAGGGAUGCACAGAUUUUCCUGGACAGUGUAUACUGGAAAUUCCCCAGUUACCAACAUGAGCAUUAUUAAAAUACUAGAGGUCUGGUGCACGAAUUUGUGCACAUUGAAAGGAAAUUAAUUAGAAGAAAUAUUUUAAUAUUGCUAUUUGCCCUUUCUCUAUAAUAGAAGAGUCAACCAAAUUCACGAUUGACAAUGAUAGAAACACACGUGUGCGAUUGGUGCCAGUGAGAGCUUUAUAUGUAUCCUGCAUACAUGAGUCAACUUAGCCUUUUAUAUCUAUUUAUAUAUAUAAAAGCCUAAGAGAACAUCUGACCAUUCGACCAUUCAACUGAUAGCUAUGACAUGCACUGACCACCAGGGGGCAGAUGCUCAAUGCACAGGCAUGGAAACAUGGAACAGAACGAUGAAUCUCAGAGGGAAAGGGAGCAGGGGGUGAGCGGGAGGGGGUUAACCAAAGAUCUUAUAUGCAUACUAGAGGCCCAGUGCACGAAUCCCUGCAUGGGCCUCUAGUAUAUAGAAUAAGCUUGCUUAAUUAGACCUGCUUUCUGAUUUAGCUAAACUUUUUCCAGCCCAGUGAGCACCCCAACUUCUCUUUCAGAUAAUUAUCAGCAACACAGCAGUAAAUAUCAAUACAAAACACAUUAUUAUUGUAGAUCAUUCAGGGGGAACAAAGGGUAAAAUAUUUUACUGCAGCAGUGUUUGACUAUAUUCUGUGCAGUGAGAAAACCUGAAGUCAUUUUCAAGGUCCACCAUUUCUUACUUCUUUUCAGUCGGGUCAAGUUUCUAAGCUUUCUAAAUCUGUUUUCCGGCUAAUGAAAAGAAAAUAGGAUUCUACCAGUCUCCUAUCUACCUACUCCAGGACUUCUGUGAGGAUCAAAUGAGAUGAGGCACAGGAAAACUCUUCACAGACAUUUGGUUAAAGUGUGAAAUGUUUGCACCUGGCUGUAAAGCAAGUCAUGUUCCUGGGCUGAAGGAACUGCAAGGAGGCUUGUCUUCACUAGGGAGAGGAAGCCGCCUUGCACCCCUUCAUUGUGUGUCUAGUAAGUCUUAUUCAUAUAUGUGGGCCAGUGUAGAGUUGAUGUGCAGGUAUGUGGGUAAGAGUAUAAAAGGCUUAGAGAGAUGGUUCUGAGGUUGGGUAGAGGUGUUGGUGGGUACCUGUAUAUGUUUAUCAAACGUGGGCAGAAAUAUUUGGCCAGGUAGCAAUGGUAAAUGAAUGGCUUUCUCUCACGGAUAGAAGACAGGAGGGCCUUUUUGAAUUAUGUAAAGAUUUAGACAAGAAGGCAUUUAGUGAUGUAAUCUGAUAAUUGAGACAGCAGUGGUCUUAUGGCAUGAAUUAUCCAGAAAAUUACCACAAUUUUCUAUUAACCUAUGAUUGUUUUUUGCUCAUUAAUGUGCAACUCAAAGAUUGGACAUCAUCAUCUUGAAUCUCAGUUUCAUGGAGGCUCAGGCAAAGUUCGUUGUCAUAUUUCUCAAAGGACAAUAGUCAUAUAGAAAGUACUAGAAAAUCCAUUAUUUUAUUCUAAAUUAAAUUUCUUAGCAGAAAGGCAAAGACUUAGAAAACUUAAGUCAAAUUUAUUGAAAGAAUUUUGAGUUUUUAAAACUCAAUAAUCCAAAAUCUGAAUUGAUUUAAUUUUUUAAUACUCACCUAAGUAUAUAUUUAUUGAUUUUUCUUUUCUUCUUUUUUUUUUGAGAGAGAGAAUGAGAGAGAGAGAGAAAUAUCGAUUGGUUGCCUCUCAUAUGUGCCCUAACCAAGCUUGCAACUUAGGUAUGUGCCCUGACUGGGAAUUGAACCCGUCUCAUUUCAGUGUAUGGGACAAUACUCUAACCAAGCCACACUGCCCAGGGCAAACUCUGAAUUGAUUUUAAAUUAUAAUUCUUUGGUUGUUUUUUUUAAAUAUCUAUUUUCCACAAAAGAUCUGUGGCUGGUAUAUAAUUCUUUAAAGAUACCUACAUUACAGUGUUUU